CUCAAUACGAUACUAAUCGAAUCAAUGUGAGUACAUCGGCCAAAAAUGGCUCUUUCUCUGUUUAGCACAAAAUUGAAUAAAGGUGUAGCACUACGUUUAAGACCAGUGCUUCGACGAUAUUGUGCUGCUCAAAAUGCGGUCAUCGAUACAACGGAAAAUACAACCAAAGUCGAAUAUCCGCCGAUUCUUGAUCUGUCACAGAAAGCAGUGAAUGAACGAAAAAAGAUAGCAUGGCAUGAAGAAGUGAAAAAUUGCCAUUCCAUCGAGGAAAAGUUAAUCAAAGUGAAUAUGCCGGCAUAUUGGGGAUUACGGACAACUCCACUGGUGAAUGAUGAGUAUCAUUACAAUUGUUUUCCAUACAUUCAACAUUGGACACGAACACAAUAUGAAACCGGACUACCGAGCGGUUGGUUCAAACGUUCAGCGGAGGAGAUCGAUGGCUUAGUAAAUAAUAUUCGUGAGCAAGUAAUUGAAGCGAUUUCGUUCCAGUACCAAGGAUUCAGACGCGAGUAUGAAUCUGAUGUGAAACUAUCGGUGGCCGAAAAGAACAAGUUAAGAACGACGCAAAUUUGCCGAGACUUGAAUCGAAUCAUUAUUAAAAGUUUAUAUUCAGCGGCACCGCAUUUAAUGGAGUCUGAAGUCGAUAUCGGGCCACGACAUGAAGCAUUUUGGAUGGUCGGAGGAAUCGAGCCACCAAAGGAUAAAAAGAUUUGGAUUGAACGCAAAAAGCCAUUGACAGAAGAAGAAUUAAAUGAACCCGUUGACAGGCCAUUUCAAUAUGUUGGUCAUCCCAUUUUGUCGGUGAGAAAUCGGUUACCAUUGGAGCCGGUCGUUGAGGACUUCGAAAAUGAUGAAACGUUCGACGUCGCUGAAAUACCACAUUCACGAUGUGAUCCUCAAGCAAUUGGAUAUCAACGAGUGUAUCAACAUGUGAAAACGAUUCCUGGCUUUUGGCCGGGCAGCGAGCACGAGUUCGGUCAAUUGUGCUACCACAAUCGACACAACUACAAAGUGGUAUUUAACGAAGUUGAUCCAACAGACAAACAAAAUGCAUUAAAGGCACAGGCAAUUUUGAACAGUUUUGGAUGGCUCGUCGGUCAGGCUUAUUAUCAAGGAUUUUCAACAUUUAAUGAGUUAACAUACCCGUUAACCACACAAACGAUUAUAACUGAUGGUCAAAAUUGGUCAUUUUAUUUGUAUCAACUCAAUACAACCGUAUUUGAGACGGUAUUUUUCGAUCGUAAUCGUCGUGCAAACAAAUGUUGGGGAACCGAAGAACUAAAACUAUUUGAAGGUAUUGAUGAAAAUGGCAAAGUUGUGGGUUUCAACGAUGAGGUAUUGCGUCAUCUCAUCCAAUUCUAUUUGGCCGAACCAAAAGAACGGAAUUAUGAUAUGAAACCAUAUUUGGAUAAAGAAGAAGAAACAGUUGCUGACAUUGAUCAUGUUGAACGUCGUGAAUUCCUGGAGCAAAACUUUAAGCAUUUGAUGUCUGGAAAGCCACGACAUCGUACAGAUAAAAUUCCAGAAGUCUAUUUAUGGGAAUGGAUUUAUAAAAUCAAAUUCAAUACUCGGCCAAUGGAUCCACGCCGAAGAUUCUUUGAACUUAAUCAAGACCCAUGGGAUCGGCGUUUGGAUGAUUACCAUCCAUUGUACAUACCAAGAAGUCAACGUAUCGGUGGCUACCACGAUAAAAGAAACAAAUGGAAGAAAACAUACUGGCCAUAAAUCAAUUCUUCUUGUAUAGAUUUAGUUUGAGUGUAAUACGACAAAAUUUUUAAUUGAAUGUUGAAAUAAAUUAAAGAAAAAACAAACGAAUA